UUUGUAUCUCUUUCUAGAUUACUCAACCACCAAGACAACUACAGCUUUUAAUUUUUCGCAGACCUGUUCCACAACUCUUUUCUAUUUUUAAGCACAACUUUAUCUAAAUGGAUACAGUCGUGAAAGUGAUUUUGGGUUGUUUUAUUUUCGUGAUGUUGACAGAUUGUGAGAAAAUCAGAAAUCAGCAAGAAGAUAAUUUGCCCAGUGGGUCCUCCGUUGAAUGCAUCAUUUACAAUGUCACAUCUCUGAACUGCAGCUGGUACCCAGCAAUGACAGAAUGCCAGUCAACUUUAGGUUUCUGGCAAAUGGGACAGGUGAAAGAAUGUCCAGUGUAUCUGAAAGACAAUCGAAGAGGAAGGAACAAAUGCCAUUUUCAGAGCAUCUCAAUAAUCAGGGAUGUGCAGUUCACUGUUCAAAUCAAUGUGUCAGUCAGCUUGCUUCCAAACCUGUCAUUCUCACAGAUGUUUGAACCAUAUGAAAUUGAAAAACUAAAUCCACCUUUAGAUUUCAGAUAUUCGUUGAAAAAGGAAUCUUUUUCACUGUUUUGGAAACCGCCACCUACAAAAGAUCCAAUAAUGAAAAACUGCUUUGUAUACCAGUUAAUCAUUAAAGGCAUGGAUUCAAAACAUAAGGAAAAUAUCACUCUAAAUGAAAAGACAUCCUACACCACAGAGACAGACAUCACUAAAAGAUAUGCAUUUAAACUCCGAGUGAGAGGUACAAAAGACUGUGGCUUUGGUAAUAUAUGGAGCGAAUGGACUGAGGAAACAUAUGAAGGUACAGGAAAAUAUUCAGAUGUUCUCAUUUUUACUUCUCUGGCGACAUUAACUCUAAUAUUGACGCUGAUCCUAUUAUAUGUUUUCAAAAGGUACAAGCUUAUUGAUAAAAUAUUCCCUGCAAUCCCACAUCCCAAAGAAAAGAUGGCUGAAUGGUUUUUAAAUUUUGGCAAGGGGGAAAGGGACUACUGCCAGAGAUUACAAGUGCCAGUAGAAGUUAUUUAAAUUCCAACAGAGAAUAACAGUCUGUAUAAAUGUUGGGAUGCUCCAGGAUAAGCUGUCCUGAAGAACAUCAGAUGGCAUGAUGGUUUCAGGCAACUAUGAACCAGUGUGAUUCUUUGAUGAAGCUGCAUUGCUUACUAAAUAUGCACAAGAGUUAAGCGGUGAAAACCACUGGGAAGAGCACCAAUCUAUACCUGGUGAUGUGACAGGUAAAAACAGAAAGGGCAGAUUCAAGCAGAUAAUUUAGAGCUUAAUUAUACAGAUCUUUUUUGCAAUAACUGUACUGCUUUUUCUUUUUACCAUGUCCGCAUGUUCAAGAACUUCAAGGUAUUUAAACAAGUAUUACAGGACAGUCCUGCUAAACACUAAUGCAUGAUUUCCAAUGCAUUCGGUUUUAAAAUCACUAUGCUCAUCUAACUUUUCUUUUCUGGGGAACAAAAUUAACUUAGUUGGUAUUCAACUACUUCAACAUACACUAGAAUGCCAGAACUAGUCCUUGCAUUCCAGUAACAAUAGAUAUUCAGGACAAUCAGGAUCAAGGCAUUUUAAACAAUAUUCAUCUCACUUCAAAAAAUAAAAUGUAUUUUGCUAUGUCAAAUGUACUAUAACUAUUGUACAUAGAAAUAAAGUGAAAAGCCUUGGCUAAAUGAAA